GGCGCCGGCGCGUGGCCUCCGCCAUUGGUUCCGGCGUAGACUCUCGCGCCCACCUUUGUGCAGCCGCGGCGCCCGUCGAGAGUGGGCGGGGAAACCCCGUGCGAGGGGCGCCGCCAUCUUGGCUGAGGGGGGUGAUGGGGGCGCAGUGGAGCCAGCGGAGCCGAGCCUGAGGGAGCAGCGGGGACAGGCGGACACCGGCCCGGCCGUCGCCCAGCCCGAAGCAGAGCGCUGCAGUGCCCGCAGGGGGGACCGGGCUGCCGCCGACAGAGCCACGCUGCACAGCCACCCGCUCCCCGAGCCCAGUGCCACAAUGGCAACCGCACCUUACAACUAUUCCUACAUCUUUAAGUACAUCAUUAUUGGGGACAUGGGUGUAGGAAAGUCCUGUUUGCUUCAUCAGUUUACAGAAAAGAAGUUUAUGGCAGACUGUCCCCACACAAUUGGUGUUGAAUUUGGCACAAGAAUAAUUGAAGUUAGCGGCCAAAAAAUUAAACUACAGAUUUGGGAUACAGCGGGACAAGAGAGAUUCAGGGCUGUCACACGAAGCUACUACAGAGGAGCAGCGGGAGCUCUCAUGGUCUACGACAUCACCAGAAGAAGUACGUAUAAUCACUUAAGCAGCUGGCUGACAGAUGCGAGGAACCUCACCAAUCCAAAUACUGUGAUAAUCCUCAUAGGAAACAAAGCAGAUCUGGAAGCACAGAGGGAUGUUACAUAUGAAGAAGCCAAACAAUUUGCUGAAGAAAAUGGUUUAUUGUUCCUUGAAGCAAGUGCAAAAACCGGAGAGAACGUUGAGGACGCCUUCCUGGAGGCCGCCAAGAAAAUCUACCAGAACAUCCAAGACGGGAGCCUGGAUCUGAACGCCGCGGAGUCGGGCGUACAGCACAAACCCUCAGCUCCGCAGGGGGGGCGGCUAACCAGCGAACCCCAGCCCCAGAGAGAAGGCUGCGGCUGCUAGUGACCUCUGUUCCACGGCUCCAUUUCCGACCUUUCACCUCUGUCUGCUGGAGGCGGCGCUUUUGGCUGCUUCCCUGUCUUCUGUACAUCUUCUUGGGUUUAAUUAAAACUCUGAGACAAGUUUAACACAGUACUAAACUGCUAAACAACUUUAGAUGUAAUCAGGUUAUCAAAGGCAAGUAGAGUAAUAAAACCUCUCCUGCAUGGUAAAUCUAGAAGUUUUUUUUUCCUUGAUUGUCCUUGUGAUAGUGUCACAGAUACAUAAUUGAAACUGAGCACUGACGCUGGACUCAUGAUUUUACACUUUCGCAGGGCUUUGUCUUGUACGGUUUAAUUUUAUGGUUCUUUGGCCUUUCUUCCCCCCUCUGACUGUUUAGAGCUGUCCGUAGUACGGGAUAAGUUUUUGCUGUGAAAUGAUUUCCGAUGGUAGCGAGGGGCUCUGUAACAUUGUGCUUUUGUUGAAGGAAUUCCCUGUGGUGUGUGGUGGGGUCGGGGGGGCUGGCGCAGGACGUACAACUUACGCAGGGAAACAAUCCAUUCCUUCUUGUGCUCAUAGCUUUACAUCAUUUUUUCGCCACUUUUAUCCUUUACAUUUGUUAACAGAACGUAAAUAUGUAUAAAAUUUGAAGGAACUGAGCUAACAGUUAAAUACAUCCUGUGUAUAUGAUUUUAAUGAAGAAAAUGAUUACUGGCAUUAGAACAGUAUGUGAGAAAGCCCCAGUUGUACAGUGUGAGCCGCGCGUGCCCGCGGUUCACUGACACCAGCUCCGCUCCCGGAGCGGCCGCUGCGCUGGGGACGCUGGUCCCGCUGCGGGAUUUAACACUAGCGGAGGGUCCGUCUCAUCUCGCACCGUGCUGGACCGAUGCCGUUUGAUUAACCUGUCCUGUGCAAUCAGCAGUGUGCUAACCCGCUUCUCUCUUCGGUGAGCGUUUUGCGUUAUUGGGCUUCGUCACCUGCCUCGUGCCGUAUACAAAGGCUGGUGCUCCUGCACCUCUUGCGCUUUUAUACCUUGUGGGAUGGUCGGAGGCUGAACCGGACAGUCGAACGAGGCGCGUGCUCUCCAGGGAUUUUUAACUCCUGUUGUAUUUUUUAACAGUCCCAUGUGAAGGUUUGAGAUGGGCUUUUUCAUCAAGCCCUCAAGUACACCCUUCAUGGGUGACGCAGCCUGUUGUGUGAAGGGGACACUUUGGGUGGUGGUUGCACGUCUGGGUGUCACUGAACCACCGGGGGGUUGUGGUGGUGUCAGGCGGGAAUGUGUGUGUGGUGCUGCUGGACCUCACCCCAAGCUUCACUUAAACCAUCACUGUGGGGUGAAAACAGCAGGGGUAGGUGCUUAACCACGGUCAGACGUCCCACUUGAGUCUUAACUGCAGUGUUGAAAAUACAAAGUAGUCUUAAAAUCCCUCUCUAGACACUAAAACUAUACCAUGUUCAGACUUGUAAGUAAACAGUGGUACCAGAGUAUUGUACAGUCAAUGUUAAAUAAAAGCCAAAACUGGAAUGUGCAGACAAUAGGAUUUGGGUAACUUGUGCACUGUCCCCUUGUUUUGUCUGGUUAGUCCUUUUUUUUAAACUAAUAUUCUUAAGUAGGUGGGUAUGUUUGAAAUCUGCAGCUACUGCAUCCUGCUUAAACCGAGGUUGCACCACGAGGGCUUUGCCCAGGGACCAGGACCUGCUGCUGCCGCUGCCCAGUGACUACAGCUUGUUGAGGUGCAAUACCUGUACUCCCAGUAACUCACAGUAGGUCUCCUUGUUUCUGUCACAGAAAGGGUUUGUUUGGACUGCUGUACUCCUCAUUUGAUGUAACAAUGCUAUUAAUCUAAAUAUUUGUAAAUAAAGUACCUGUAUCUAGAUAAA